AUGACCAACGAUAUCGACCAACAAAUUCACAUUUUGGAAUCGCAUUUGGAUCCAGUUGAGCGACUUCAUUCUCUGACAAGGACUGCAAAACCACCAGAUAUUAAUGUGGCCGUACCUAUCAAUCGGUAUUAUCGCAGUUUAGUUGAAAUGUUUCGAAUAGCUGGUCAUUGUGUUCAGAGUAAUGAAUUUGAAGCGGCCUUCAAGUAUUACAUGCGAUUUGUGAUUUUAGCAUUAGAAGAGUUACCAAAGCAUCCGGAUUUUAAAACACAUAAUUCGGCUGAACGAACCAAAGCAAAUACGUUACUGCGUAAGGCGCUUGAAUGUGCUGAACUGUUGAAGGUGCGUUUGAAGGAAACAUUCGAAAAGGAUUCGAUUGAAGCUCAAAAACAAAUCGAAACCCUCAAAUUACAACAGAAACAACAACAGAAAUUGCUUGAAUAUCGACCCAAACCAAAGCCAGCACCGAGAUUUUCCGAUUCAGCAAUAAGUUCGCCAAGUCAAGCCAAUCAACAACAGCUUCAAAAAGAGCAUAAAUUAGUGGUUGCUGGCACAUUAAUCGAACGAUUUUCAUCGAUUGCGCAAAAGAACACAGAUUUGAAUAUUGAAACUUGUGCUAUUCUGUGUGGACCUCCGAUAAGCUAUGGUGUGUGUCGUAUCACGCAUGCAGUCGUGCCAAAGCAAAACGGUGGACCGGAUAGUUGUGAUACGCAAAAUGAGGAGGAAGUUUUUGCAUAUCAAGAUUCGCAUAAUCUGAUCACGUUGGGAUGGAUUCAUACUCACCCAUCGCAAACAGCAUUUUUAUCGAGUGUUGAUUUGCAUACACAAUGCUCUUAUCAGUUGAUGUUGCCCGAAGCCGUUGCCAUCGUUAUUGCUCCCAAAUUCAAGGAAGUUGGCGUAUUUCGUCUAACUGUACGUGGUAUGGAAGAUGUUGGUGCGUGUCGAGUGAGCGGAUUUCAUCCGCACGAAAAUAGUAAUUCGUUAUUUUACAAUGAAGAUGUUUAUUUUGAUCACUCAGUCGAUGCGACCGUUGUGGAUCUUCGACAGAAAUGA